GACUCUGUUCUGUUCUGUUCUGGCCUUGUUGCUUCAAAAGAACAAGUAGUACUAACACCUCAGGAAGCUUCCUCUUACUGCAUAUGAAUUUCAUAUUAGAACUACAUAUAUUCCUCUACAUGAGCAAGAAACCAGAGGAAACAAUGCACCAUAUUUCUUUCUUUUCAAUCUCUUUAUGCUGCUGCUUAUUUUUCCUUAUAAUUCCUCAUGAAAAUUUCUCACCAAUUACUGCAAUAUCUGUUGAUAUAAUCAACCAAACCUGCAGAAGAUGUGCCGAUGAAUCCCACGUCUUUAGCUAUGACCUAUGCACAACCUCUCUCCAAGCAGUUCCGGUCAGCCAUGUGGCUAAUCUCCAAGGACUAGCAUUGAUAGCAAUGGAGCUAGCACUAAACAAUGCAAGCAACACGCUUCAGAUCAUAAAAAAUUAUUUGUUGAUGAGCAACGAAAGUCUAGAUCCUUUUGUUGUGGUUUGCUUGAAGGACUGCUUGCAGCUCUAUUCAGACGGGAUCACAACACUGGAGGAUGCUGAAGGAGCAUUUCUGGGUGAGCAUUAUGACAACGCCAAUAUUUGUCUUAGUGCAGUUACGGAAGCAUCGAGUACAUGUGAGGAAGGCUUUAAGGAGAAGGAAGGUGAAGUAUUACCGUCUCCAUUGACAAAUGAGAAUUACAAUCUUUUUCAAUUAUGUGAUAUUGCACUGUGCAUAGGCCACUUGCUUACCUUGGGUUCUACCUUCUUGAUGAGGUCCUCUGCAACUUAAUCUUUGUAUACUAGUCAUGUCUUCUGUGGAAUAAUAGCUCUGCUCUGCAAUUGUGUGAUUUUGCCCAUGAGUACUUGCAGCUGAAGAACAUAUUAGUAAACCUGUAUUGUGAUCCUAAAAAUCCUCUAUGCCAUCAAUUCCAACAAUUAUCUUUCAAACAAAUCGAUCAUGUAUAUUUUCUUUCUGUAAAAUCAACUGUGCAGUUGUGAAUCUAAAGUCUACCACAACAAUUAUCAUUCAACACUUCCUGACCAGCCCCACACAGCCAUGUGACAACUUUUAUGACAACAGACUUGUCUAAAAUUCCAUGACCAGUGGUUGCCUUGCAGUUUUUUAUGCAGUUAGUGCAGCAAAAUAAUAGCAAAAAAGGAAUCAAAUGCUUCAUAUACCAAGGUACUAUAAUUGUUUUUCCUCACAAUUUGGGGUUGUACAUAUAGCUGCUUGGAUGGGACAAACUGACAAAUCUAAUCUCCGACUAGAUAUGUGGUAACACAUUCACCACUACUAGUUGGGCCUAGCUGCGAAACUUCACUGCAGCUUCCUAUAUCAAUACUAUACAGGCAGUACUGUAGUAUAUGCCUUUGUUAUAUUUUCAUCUCUUUCCCUUCUCCAUGAAGCUGUAUACUGCAUCAUAAUAUACAGGCCAUUUCGUAGUUGGCCAGAGAACUGAAAGGAAAUACAAUCAAUCUGCCGGACUCUGCCGGACUGAGGAAAACCCAGAAUGAAGCUGUAAAUUCCACAUCAUUCAAGCACGUAUCCUCAGCUGGGAAGGAUUAAAACUCAAAGGGACCUCGUAAAGAACCUAACAAUCAAUCAAUACAAUCUAGCUCCCAAAUUAUUUCUCGAAACUCCCUAAAUGUGGAAACAUUGGGAAAAUAAAUUGAGUACUGAUGAGUGAUGCAUAUAAAAGCCUCCAAAUCAAUUGGUGAUGCAGCUAUGUCUAAACAUGAAGUUGCAAUUAGCAUAGUGACAGCAAAUGACAGGUGAAGUCCAAAACUCCAACAAAUGACAUAGGUGAAGUUGCAAUCCUAUUUGCUCAUAGCAAAUCUGUGGUAAGCAAUCUGUUUUUAUUGAGUAAGAAUGCAUAACCUAUAGAGGAGAGGAUGAUAUACUCAUUACGCAUAAUUGCAACACUACUGUGUUUAACAUUUUCAAUUUUUCAAACGUGCACAACCUAUAAUAAAUCCAAAACAUAAGCAAAGUACAAACUCCAAAGCACACUAGUAAGGAAUCUUUUAACCAUAAACUGGACUGUAUACUAUAUUUAUUCUCUUUGAAAAAUUGGUACAUCAAGGAGUUUGAAGACGAGAGUACAAGGAAACCUAAACUCCAAAUGGAGGGACCAGUAUGCGUUUCUAGAAUUAUUAGUUGGCAUUAACGUAUGAGUGUGAAUGUUUGCCCGUAUACAAAAGUAUGAAAUUUCCUCCUGAAAGUAUUCCCAUUACCCAGAAAUCACAUGCUCAACAGAAAGAAAUCAAGAAAUAAUAUUUUAUCCGUAGAAGAUUUAGCUAAAUAGUAAGAAGAUGAUGUAGCUCAGAUACUUCUCUGCCCUAAAAAUGGAAAGAAGCCUUUCAAGUACUGCAAUCUCAAAAAUGACCAGGAAAACAAAGAAGCUUAAACCACUCUGACUAUCUAUCCACAAAAUGCAUAGCUCUUACCUCACAUUCACACACCUGAAACGGUCACUUGAAUGUAACAACCUGAAGGCUGCAACAUGACCAGUGUGUGUGUGUGUGUAGAAAAUAUGGAAUGAAGCACAAGAAAAACAUCAAGAUAUUAUUUCUGCACCUUUGUUAUUUGUCACCAAACAACAGAUGAGACCCAAAGAAGGUAACUGUAACAAAUAGGAACAAGUCCCUCAACAUCUGCCCUUUCCCUUGGAAUCAGAAGGUAAUUUGUAAAAUAUCUUAAAAACUUAUUUGAAAAGAUAACCUGAUUUGUCAUAUUUGUGAGAUCUACCCAAAACUAGUUUAGUCAUUGACAGUAUCACCAAUAUGUUAAUUCACUGCUAGUUGCAACAAUAUAAUUGCUUUAUUUAUUUUUUUUGUUUAGUUCUAUUGAGACAGUGAAUAUAGAGAGGAUAUGUUCUGAAAAAGAGGACUAACAAAAGAGAAGUGA